AGUUGUUUUUGCUUGGUUUAUUUUGAAAACGAUUUUUGAUGCGGGCUCUGUUAGGCUGGGGUGGUUAGUCUUCGUGUAGUAUGGCUUUUAGUUGGUUUUUAAACUUGGUUGUGAGAGGGUAGCUGAACAAGAAUUAGAAGAAAGAAAGGAAAAAUAUAAUAAUAAAUAAAUCAAUUACAUCGAAACAAAGCAAAUAAAAAAUGUAAAACAUUGAAAGUGAUAUUGUUUUCCGUGCCAUACCAAUUGCAUAAAAUUCAAACAUGAGCUAGAAAAACUAAAAAAAAAAAAAAUUUGAAUAUUUUAAAACAAUUGAAAAUAAAAGUAAUUUGUAAUUAAAUCAAUUUUAAUGAGCUUUCAAACAGUUCCUAAGGUCCUUCUUUCACCUGCUAGCUGUUUGAGUAGUAGCUGUAGUAGUCCAACCAAUCAACAGCAACUGCGAGGGCCAGAGUUUGCAAUAAACGAAUUACGAUCUCGAUCCUCGAGUGAAAUGAAUGCUAGCGCCGCCGCCUCUGCCGCCGCUAUAGCUUUGGCGUUGGAUCUCAAACCAAAAACGGAAUUACAACAGCAACAACCCCAAACGCAGCUGCAAUCUCAGCAGCAGCAGCCGCCGCAAAAAAUUAAAAAAUUAGUUCGCCGGAAUGCAUCCGAUAAAUUGAAACUCAUUCAGAUGGUUCAUGACAAUCCUAUAUUAUGGGAUUCUCGUUUGCCUAAUUUCAAGGGUGCCGAGGAGGAGAAAAAUCGUGCCUGGGAAAUGAUUGGGAAAAAAUGCAAUGCGCCCGGCAAGCGGGUGGCGCGAGCCUUUAAAUCACUACGAGAAUCCUAUCGGCGUGAGCUGGCUCACGUUAAACUGAUGGGUAACGGAUUUAAACCAAAAUGGAGUCUAUACGAGGCCAUGGAUUUUUUACGUGAUGUCAUACGUGAAAGAAAGGGCGGCUCUCAUGCCGUUGAACACAAUGUACCACCUUUGGGCUUAAAUCUUAGUGCCUUUGCUCAGCACAUGAAUAGUGCCAGUAGUUAUAGCAGUAGCAGCAAUAAUAAUAAUAAUAAUAACAACAACAAUAGUAACAAUAACACCAACAAUAACAAUUCCAAUAGAACAAAUUUUAAAUUGAAUUCAACUUUGCAAAAUUCCUUCAGUGAGGCAGCAUUAAAUUUAUCAAAAUGUUCGUCUGCAUUAAAUAUGAGUGGUAAUGGCGGUACCGGUGCCGGCAGUGGUGGCAGUGAUUAUUAUUAUAAUUUUCUUAAAUCUGAGUUAGAUCUAUCGCAGCAACAAUUACAGCAUCACCAUCAACAGCAACAACAACAACAUAAUGGUACAACCAUUACCGCAAACGGUAUUGGCGGCGUAACGCCGUCAUCAGGUAAUCUGAACAUACCACCAGCUCAUCAGAAUUCCCACAAUGACAGCCGUGUGUCGUCGACACGUAAUGAUACAACACACCAUACUAACUACGAUGACAUAGAAAAUUCGUCGAUGCGUAGUGGAGAUGAAGAAGCUUCAUCAUUGCGUAAUGCAGCCUCUAGUAAUCAAGAGUCCGAUGAGGUAGAAGAACUGGAGGCCAUAGAUGCUGAUUUCCCUUACCCUCUGAUAUUGAAUUCAAAUUCACCUUGCAGUAAUGUGGGUGGACAAACAACAAACCAUAACAACAAUAAACGUCGACGAAAACAUUUACAAAGCGGGGGCGCCGAAGACAGUGAUAUCGACGAUGAUGAUGAUGAUUAUGAAGGACAAAUGAUGCAGCAACAUCGCCAUUUGAGAGCGCAAAAUGUUGCCAAUCUGGACGCGAAUGGUAUGGUGCCUGGUAUGGAUAUAUUGCAGCCACAACAAACUGUCAGAGAAGUAUUGAAUUCCAAAUUUUGCGGUUUCAUAUCGGCCAAAUUAAAUAGUAUGGAAGAUACGGAAGCAGAUAAUCUUAUGAAUAAAAUACUCAUGCUAUUAGUACAGACGCAAACAAAUAGCGGCGACGUCAAAUAACUAUAUUAAUGAUUAUAUAUAAGUGCCAUCUAUAUUACAUAACUAUAUUUAAAUGAAGACAUUAUUUUCUAUAUUUUAAAUUA